AUGGGGCCCUCGGGCAAUAGGGGAUCAUGGGACCCCUAUGUCCUUGCCCACACACCCAAAAAAGCCUAUGAAAAAGUGCUUCCAGUUCUGAAAAAAUCACCUGUUGAUCUCCCAGAAAUCCAGUGUGCCUCUGUCUUUAAGGCAAGCAGUGUAUUUGCUGAAUUGAAAUCUCAAGCACAAGGGGGCAGACUGACAAUUCAUGGGGCCCCCGGGCAAUAGGGGAUCAUGGGGCCCCUGUGUCCUUGCCCAAACUCAAAAAAGCCUAUGAAAAAGGUACCAGGGGCACCUCCUGGGGCCCCCUACUAACCCCGGGCCCUCGGGCAGUGCCCGAGUUUCCAAAUGGUCAGUCCAUCCCUG